GUGGUUGUGGAUGGGUUAUUAGCAAUUGCUGGCAGGUGCGGAUGAGCAAACAGCUAACCCGCCCACCACUAGCAUCGAUUCCGCAGCUAAAGUCUAAAGAGGAGGGUCUGUCGUGCGUGACCUUUGGAGCAGCCACGUGUACAGGAAAUAGAACCAAUCUGACAGUUGUGGUUGGUCGGUUUGUUUUGCUCGUACGACGACGCAUUCUUGUCAUUGUUAGCUAGGUAGGUGGGAUAUCUCUUCCAUUUGCUGGCAUUUAUUUCCGAGCUGCGUUCCAAAUUUGUGUCGUUGGAGCUCAAAAUCAGGUGUGUUAAUCAGCCCUUGAGCAAACAAGGACAUUGCACUUGGAAGAAGCCAUGGUUAUGUACUGCAGGACGGCUUGGUGCAGGCACCUUAUGGCUGUGUCCAUGGCCCUGUUCUGCCUGCUCCACAACACCAUGGACGUCCAUGCCCGGCCAGCUAACAUGUCAGCCCUGAAGGACAAAAACAACCCCACAAGUAAAGAGGAGAAUGAGAUCCUUCCCCCAGACCAUCUAAAUGGGGUGAAGCUGGAGAUGGAUGGUCACAUCAAUAAGGGCUUCCAUCAGGAGGUGUUCCUGGGUAAGGAGAUGGAGGAGUUUGAGGAGGACUCUGAGCCCAGGAGGAACAGGAAGAAGCUCAUUGAGAUCUUCAGCAAGGUGGACUUUAAUAAAGACAAGAGCGUCAGUGCCAAAGAGAUGCAGCGCUGGAUCAUGGAGAAGACAGAAGAACACUUCCAGGAGGCUGUGAGGGAGAACAAGAUGAGCUUCCAUGCUGUGGACCCAGAUGGAGAUGGACAUGUGACGUGGGAUGAAUACCGGGUGAAGUUUCUGGCCAGCAAAGGAUUCAACGAGAAGGAAAUGGCUGACAAGAUAAAGAACAGUGAAGAACUGAAGGUGGACGAGGAGACCCAGGAGGUGCUGGAGAGUCUGAAGGACCGUUGGUUUCAGGCUGAUAACCCCCCAGCUGACCAGCUGCUGAACGAGGAAGAGUUUCUCUCCUUCCUGCAUCCCGAGCACAGCAAAGGCAUGCUCAAAUACAUGGUCAAGGAGAUCGUUCGUGACCUCGACCAGGAUGGUGACAAGAAGCUGACUCUGUCUGAGUUCAUCUCCCUGCCCAUGGGCACCGUGGAGAACCAGCAGGCCCAAGACAUCGACGAUGACUGGGUACGAGAGAGGAAGAAGGAGUUUGAGGAGGUCAUUGACAGAAACCAUGAUGGCAUCGUGACCAUGGAGGAACUAGAGGAGUACAUGGACCCUAUGAACGAGUACAACGCGCUGAACGAGGCUAAGCAGAUGAUCGCUGUGGCCGACGAGAACCAGAACCACAACUUGGAGCUGGAGGAGAUUCUCAAGUACAGCGAAUACUUCACUGGCAGCAAGCUCAUGGACUAUGCCCGGAAUGUUCACGAGGAGUUCUAAAGACAAGCUGACAACAUCCUCCCUUUCCCUUCUGUGGGCAUCCUCAUAAGUCUUCUCUAAAGACAGGUCUGUCUUAUUGAUGGAAAGAAAAGCCUGAUGUUCUAGUGUGCAAUUCUGUGUUUAAAUCCUAGCCCCAGCCGAGUGACCUGGCCUCCCCCAGUGACUCUUAAAGUAAGGCAUAAAACAUCCUUCAUUUCUGGACUGUCUGCCUCUUCUAAACAUCAGAAUGAACCAUUGCCAAAGUCUGCCUUCUGUCUACAGUGGGACUUAAGUUGUAUUAUAUCACGUAUGAUGAUGCAUUUUGGGUUUUCAUGAUUCAUUUGUGUUAGACAUAAAUUUCACUAUAUCAUCUGAGUAAUUGGAACAAGAUUCAUUUUUUCCCUCCAGUGAAGUAGAGGUGUAAGGACAACUUACACAAUCGGGCCCACAAUAUCUGUAGUAGUGCAGAACCGUUCUGUUUUUACUGCAAAAUUAUUUAAAUUGCAUAAUUGUAAAGAAUGUAAAUAUCUUCAGUCUUUGGAUUUCCCAUCACAUUCUACACUUCUACAUUUCACAAUGUUGCGCGGAAGUAACUGUUCUUUACCAAGUCAUCAAUCAUAUUGACCACUGAGCUGAACCCCAGUAACCACUGUACUCUCCACACUCUGACUACGUGCUUGCUGCCCUUGUAAACAAUUGUUUGACAUUUGUCUACUUGGUAAGAAGGUUACACUACUAUGUCCUGAUAGGUGUUGAUGAUUCUCUGAUCCAUCCUAUUCUUUGAAAUGAGUGCUUAUGUCAUAAUUAUGGUGUUUUAAACCUCUACUGCAAAAAUGUCUCAUUGUUUCCAUACAUUUGUUUUCCUUUGCGUCUAUAAUUCCAACUGGGGUUGUGCAUUUAAGCAUUUCCAAAAAUAUGUAAACUGUUAAAUAUCUGAUACAAUCAUUACAAAUGAAUUAGCAAUUUGA